AUGCGGUCUUACAUUCUCCCAGUGCUUGCUACGGUGGCCUUGUCCAAGGCUUCAGCAAUCCCGUUUGACUUGACCUCUGCAAAGCGUGCAGUUGGCAGUUGGGACGAUGCCCACGCAAAAGCGACUGCGGCGCUUGCAAAGCUCUCUCAAGAUGAGAAGAUUGGUCUCGUCACUGGCGUAGGCUGGCAAAAUGGUCCCUGCGUUGGAAACACCAAGGCGGCCGCCUCGAUUGGGUACCCAUCGCUUUGUUUGCAAGAUGGCCCACUCGGUAUACGCUAUGUCAACGGCGUAACUGCUUUCUCUGCUGGUAUCCACGCUGCCAGCACAUGGGACAUCGACCUCGUCAGGGAGCGCGGCUCUUUCCUCGGCGCAGAAUCCAAGGCACUCGGCGUCAACGUCCAGUUGGGUCCUUCUGCCGGUCCCCUUGGCAAGCAUCCCGAUGGCGGCCGUAACUGGGAGGGCUUCGGCUCUGAUCCCUACCUCCAGGGUAUCAUGAUGGCCCACACCAUUGAGGGUAUGCAGGAAUCUGGUGUCCAGGCCACUGCCAAGCACUGGCUUGUCAACGAGCAGGAGGUGAAGAGAGACACCAUGAGCUCCGAUGUAUCUGACCGAAUUCUUCGCGAAGUCUACGCCUGGCCGUUCCAGGAUGCUGCCCACAGCAACGUGGCUGCGUUCAUGUGCAGUUACAACAAGAUCAACGGUACCUGGGCUUGCGAGAGUGAGGGUAUCAUGCAAAAGAUGCUCAAAGACGAGAUGGGUCACCGUGGUUACAUCAUGUCCGACUGGAAUGCUCAACACACCACCACCGGUAGCGCAAACGGUGGUCUCGACAUGACCAUGCCCGGUAGCGACUUCGCCGUUCCCGCGGGCAGCAAGUUCUGGGGUCCUCAGCUCGCAAGCGCUAUUGGUAACGGCACAGUCAAGCAAGCGCGUCUUGACGACAUGGUCACUCGUGUUUUGGCAUCUUGGUACCUCCUCGGUCAAGACAAGGCUUACCCCAACGUCACAUUCAACUCCUGGAAUAUCGUCACCCGCGAUGUUGCCAAGAACCACAAGACGAACGUCCGCGCUACAGCUCGUGACGGUAUUGUCUUGCUGAAGAACACCCAGUCAGCUCUGCCCCUUAGCAAGCCCAAGAGCAUCGCUGUUAUUGGAAGCGACAGCAUUGUCAACCCCAGGGGAGCCAACGCGUGCGUUGACCGCGGCUGCACCGAAGGCACACUCGCCAUGGGUUGGGGAUCUGGCUCAGUCGAGUUCCCGUACCUCGUUGCUCCUUUAGACGCCAUCAAGGCUCAAGCCCAAAAGGACGGCACCACUGUCAAGUCUGCCCCUACUGACAAUGCAAGCCAAGGUGCUGCUGCUGCUCAGAAUGCUAGCAUCGCUGUUGUAUGCAUCAACGCCAAUGCAGGCGAAGGCUACAUCACCGUCGAAGGCAACCCCGGUGACAGAAUCAACCUCGACCCCUGGCACAACGGCAACGAGCUCGUCGAGGCCGUCGCAGCCGUCAACAAGAAGACCGUCAUUGUCGUCCACAGCGUCGGUCCCAUCUUGAUGGAGCGCUGGAUCGAGAACCCCAACGUCGUCGCCGUCGUCUGGGCCGGUCUUCCAGGCCAAGAAUCCGGAAACGGUCUCGUCGAUAUCCUGUACGGCGCCGCAUCCCCCAGCGGCAAGCUCCCUUACACCAUCGCCAAGAAGCAGUCAGACUACGGUACUGUGAUUCCCAAUGGUGACGACAAGGACUGGUCACUUAACGUCGACUACCGCCAUUUUGACGCCCAAAACAUUACCCCUAGGUUCGAGUUCGGCUUCGGUCUUUCAUACACAAACUUCACAUACUCUGACCUCUCCAUCACUGGCAAGCCCUCUGCCGGUCCCGCCACCGGUCCCAUCAUCCCCGGUGGUCCCGCCGACCUUUUCGAAACCGUCGCGACCGUCACGGCCAAGAUCAGCAACAGCGGUAAAGUCGCUGGUGCGGAGGUACCGCAACUCUACAUCGGAUACCCCAAGUCAACCAACUCUUCGCCCAAGCAGCUGAGAGGAUUCUCCAAGCUCAAGUUGAACGCUGGAGCAAAUGGAGUUGCGACUUUCAAGCUGAGGAGGAGGGAUUUGAGCUACUUUGAUGAGGCGACGAUGAAGUGGACGGUUGCGAGUGGCGAGUACCAGGUCUUUGUUGGUGCUAGUUCGAGAGAUGUUAGGCUGACGGGGAAGAUUGUGGUGUAG